AUGAAAUUGUAUAAAAUAGAAUUUAAUGAAGAAUAGAAAUCCUAAAGGAGAAGUUUAAAAAAAAACUAUUUUUUCGACUAUAAUACUAUUUUGAGCUUGUUAGUUGCUCUCAUUUCUUUUAUUGGUUCAAAAUGGUCUAUUUAUACUUUUAAUAAUUUUUUUGUUUCUCUUGCGUAGAGAUUCUAAAGAAAUAGGAAGUUAGGGGAAAAAGAUUGGAUUGAUAGAAGGUUCUUCUAAUUUCUGAAAAAUAUAGAUAUAACGAAAACAAUUAUUAUUUUUUUUAUGUAUUAUUUAUUACCCCCUCUUAUUAUUGCAGAUUACAUAGAAAUUGAUGAUUAAUAAAAGUUUUGGAGAUCUGGAGGGGUUAAUGAAGAUAUAAUUUUGAUAAUUUUGACAAAUGCUGUUGCAUAAAUGAUAUUUUCAAUAAUAGAUGUUUAAUAUGCCUGGUAAUUAAUUAAAAUUAUUUAUUACAAAUAUUUCAAUAAAUAAUCAAAUUUAACACAAUUUGAAGCAAACUAAUUAUAUUUAAAAGAGUUAGAUUUCCAUCAAAAAACUAUUGAAUUAAUUAUUUUUGUCGGCAUAUGUACCUUUCAUGGUUAUUUGCUUCCAAUAUGCUAUCCUAUAACUCUGAUAUCAAUUUUAAUUAUCUACUGGUUAAAUAAAUAUUAACUUAUACAUAAUGGAAAUUAUCGAAAGAUAAUAGUAAAUGGUCGCCUCAAUAAAUUUAUUAUAAUAUUUACAUUUAUCAUGUAAUUAAGAUCCCAUUUAGUAAUAAUUUUUGCUAACUAAAAUUUCUACUUUCAUCCUGUUUUCGGCUCUCUAAAUUUAGCUAUUACUUUGGUUCUUAUAUAUAUAUUUUAUUUUAAACGAAAUUGGAUUUUUCCAGAGAGAAGCUAAACGCAUUAAACAAAUAUUGAUAAUAUAAAUAGCCCUGUUCAUAAUUAUUUAUACUGUUAAUACAAUCCAGUAUUAAAUGAAAAAAAUUUCCAAGAUUGUCCAAAAGGAGAAGAACGUUAAUACAUCUUAAAGAAAGGGGCAUAAAUUAGGUCUACAAAAUAAGAGUAAUUUUACAAUUCACUUUAAGUAAAAUUGUUGAGAGAACUUGAAUAGACAGAGAGAUAAAAUGCCCAAGUAUAACCAAGUUUAUAUUGA